AUGGGGCGAGCCAGAGGGCUGCUGGUUCAGCCCAAUGAAGAAGGACUGGGCCGAGCCAGGGGACUGGCCUUUGCAGCUGGAGAACCACAGAUCGGUAUUGCUAGAGGUGCGGUUUUACCCACUCUACAACCAAAACCGAGACCAGCACCUGUAGAAGAGCUUGAGGCACCUCGUCAGAUAAUAAAAACUGAGGACAUACCCCUUCAAGGACAGGGCUCGACGCUUGUCUCAAUGUUUAGAGGAAUGGGGCUUGAGCCCUCAAAGUUAUCAUUGGGAAGAGGAUCCAUACCAAUAGGACGAGGUUUUGGGGGAGACUCUGUGAAUCUAUCAUGCUCCUCUCCAGUCUUCAGUGAGUCAAAAAGCCUAAGCAAACCACAUGAAGCACUGGGCCGAGGCAACAGUGUGCCUGGGCACCAGAGGAUGUUGGGGCUGGGGAGAGCAGCGAUGCCACCAAUUGGAGCUGGACGACCACCGGCAACUCUUUCUCACGCACCAGGCCGAACAGAACCCAUUACUCCAAUUUUACCUGCAGUUUUACCAGAAACACCUCCACAAACACCAUUACUACCCUCAGGUGAGGCAGAGCCAGCAAAAUCAGAACUCAAAAUGGAGGCCAUCAGUGAGCCCCUGCAUAAAAUUGGGACUCAAGGAGCACCUAUUACCAUUGGCUCAAACCACAUCGUUAUAAAAUGCAAGAACGAAGCAGUGUAUCAGUACCAUGUUACAUUUGUCCCCAAUGUUGAAUCUAUGGCCAUGCGUUUUGGAAUGAUGAAAGAUCAUCGCCCUACUACUGGAGAAGUUGUGGCAUUUGACGGCUCCAUCUUGUAUCUUCCUGUUAAACUGAAUGACGUGGUCCUCCUUAAAAGUCUUAGAAGGACUGACAAUGAGGAAGUCCAAAUCAAAAUUCAGAUGACAAAGAUCUUGCCACCCAGCUCUGAUCUUUGCAUUCCCUUCUACAAUGUGGUUUUAAGAAGAAUUAUGAAAAUCAUUGGUUUGAAGAUGGUUGGACGGAAUCAUUUUGACCCAGAAAGUGCAGUCAUUCUCGGAAAGCAUCGGCUGCAGGUAUGGCCAGGGUUUGCCACAAGUAUAAAGCGCUUAGAUGGAGGGCUGCUUCUCAGUGUGGAAGUGAUUCACAAAGUGUUGAGGAAUGAUUCUGUGCUGGAUGUAAUGAAUGUAUUGUAUCAGCAAAGCAAGGAAAACUUCCAGGAUGAGUGCACCAAAGAGCUGUUGGGCAGCAUUGUGAUCACACGCUACAACAACCGCACGUACCGCAUUGACGCCAUCGAGUGGAACAAGUCACCCAAAGACACUUUCACUUUGAUGGACGGAACAAAAACCACUUUUGUCGAAUAUUACAGCAAGAACUACGGCAUUACCAUUAAGGAGAUGGACCAGCCCCUGCUUAUGCACCGACCAAAGGAACGAUCAAAGCCAGGAGGAAAGCAAGUCAUCACUGGGGAAAUCCUUCUGGUGCCAGAGCUUUCCUUUAUGACUGGUAUUCCUGAGAAAAUGAAAAAAGACUUCAAAUCAAUGAAGGACCUGACAAAGUACAUCAAUGUGAGCACAGAACAGCAUACCCACUCAAUAAAACAGCUUUUGAAGAAGUUUAACACCCACCCAGAGAGUCAGAAAGAACUCAACAAGUGGGGCCUGGAAGUUGGCUCAGAGAUUAUGAUAAUUAAAGGGAGAUCUCUGCCAUUUGAGACGAUCUGUUUGCAAAGUUCGUCUUUCACCACAGGAACGGAUGUGUCCUGGUCUCGAGAGAUUGUCAGGGAUCCUUCCAUCAGUUCAGUCCCAUUAAACACUUGGGCCCUCUUUUACCCUCGUCGCUGUGCCGAGCAGGCAGAGGAACUGGUGUCAACCUUCAAAAAGGUGGCAGGACCCAUGGGUGUCAAAGUGGAGCGCCCCAUCCGUGUGGAGCUCCGAGACGACCGCACAGAGAAUUAUGUAAAGAGUAUCCACUCACAACUCACCAGUGAGCCCAACAUACAGUUGGUUGUGUGCAUUAUAGUUGGAAACAGGGAUGACCUCUACAGUGCUGUCAAGAAACUUUGCUGCGUGAAAAAUCCAAUUCCUUCCCAGGCAAUCAAUGUUAGGACAAUUUCCCAACCACUGAAACUGAAAAGUGUUGCCCAAAAAAUAAUUCUGCAGAUCAACAGUAAACUUGGUGGCGAACUGUGGACGGUCAAUGUCCCUCUGAAAAACAUGAUGGUGGUUGGAGUUGAUGUUCAUCAUGACACAAGCAAGUCCCGUCAGUCCGUUAUGGGCUUUGUUGCAAGUGUUAACAGCUCAUUGACCAGAUGGUACUCCAGAGUAACCUUCCAGACCCCCUCUGAGGAGCUCAUAUGUGGCUUCAGGGUUUGUCUAUUGGCUGCGCUACAAAAGUACUAUGAGGUAAACCACAACUUGCCGGAGAAAAUUGUGGUCUAUCGUGAUGGGGUUUCUGAAGGGCAGCUCAAUGUGGUGGAGGAGUAUGAGCUCCCACAGAUCCUAAAAUCCUUAGAAACAUUCCCCGACUACGAACCCAAACUGGUCUUCAUCGUGGUCCAGAAGCGCAUCAACACUGUGCUCUACUCUUCACAUGGAAACACCUUCGGCAGCACUGCCCCUGGGACCGUCCUUGACCACACACUUACCAACAGAAAGUGGGUGGACUUCUUUUUGAUGGCCCACAGCAUCCGACAAGGCUGUGGACUUCCAACACACUACAUCUCUCUGUACAACACUGCAAAUCUGUCACCUGACCAUCUGCAAAGACUCACGUUCAAGAUGUGCCAUUUGUACUGGAAUUGGCCUGGUACCAUCCGUGUCCCAGCUCCAUGCAAGUACGCCCACAAACUGGCUUUCCUGUCAGGACAGUACCUGCACUCUGAACCUGCCAUCCAACUUUCAGACAAGCUGUUCUUCCUCUGA